GCGGGACCCGAACGUCAUGGUCGACCUCGAGCCGCCCGACGUGUGCCUCCCGCUCGACGACUGCGUCGACUACCUGAGCGCGGGCAACCGUCGCGUCGGCGCGAGCGUCGACCUCGGCAAGCAGCCGGGCGUGAGCCCCGAGGCGGCGAGCCCGAUCGCCGGAUUCCGCAAGCAGGAGGCCAAGGGCAAGGCGCUGCCGUGCUUCGGCGUCAAGGAGGACGGCCUCAUGCGCAUCACGCCUCGGACUCUGAGCGAGCUCCAGAGCGGCAUGUACCGCGACGGCGUCAAGGAGUUCAUCAUUGUCGACUGCCGCUUCGACUACGAGUACGACGGCGGCCACAUUGACGGCGCCAUCAACCUGUCCGAGCUGGCCGACGUCGAGGCGCGCCUGCUCAACGCGGCCAACCCGCCGCAGCCGAGCACGAGCGACUGCGCGCCCCGCGAGGGCAAGACGGUCCUCAUCUUUCACUGCGAGUUUAGCGCCAAGCGCGCGCCGACGAGGUGCGUCCUCGCCCUCGCCCUCUUUCCUCUCCCUUGCCGUCGUCGUCGUCGUCGUCGUCGCCGUCCUCGUUGGAGGACCUCGAGCUGA